GCCCGCCUCUUCCCUCUGAGCCAAUCCCGACGAGCCUGCGAGUGGCUUGGCUUCCCCCGGCUCCGUGCUCUCAGGUUACACGACUAACGCUGCGAGGUGGUUCUGACGGCCCCCCAGUACCGAGACGAGGCGCCCGGUUUUCCAGGUCCGCGCUCCUAGUCUCCUUCGGGCCGCAGAGCCCGGGCUCUCAGGAGGAUGGACCCUUCUUUGGAUACCUGGGACUUCUCACCUUUAAUAUCAUUAUGGAUAAGCAGAUAUUACAUAUACUUGGGCUUUGCCUUUGGUAUUGGCCUUUGGAUUUGUUUCCAGAUUGUUACCAGGAAGCAGGACAAGAACUCACAGGAGAAAUCUAUUCCAAAAGCAGCUCAGGAUUUGAUGACAAAUGGUUAUAGCUCUCUUCACAAGAAGGAAGUCUUUGUGUCUGGAGUGAAGAUUUUCUAUGGUUCCCAGACUGGUACAGCAAAGGAAUUUGCAACAAUUCUUGCUGAAGCUGUUACCUCCCUAUAUCUGCCUGUGGCAGUUAUUAAUCUGAAAGAAUAUGAUCCAGAUGAUAAUCUAGUAGAAGAGGUUACUAGUAAAAAUGUUUGUGCCUUUCUGGUUGCUACAUAUACUGAUGGCCGACCAACUGAGAGUGCAGAGUGGUUCUGCAAAUGGUUAGAGGAAGCAUCCAAUGAUUUUCGAUUUGGCAAAACUUACCUGAAGGGUAUGAGAUAUGCGGUGUUUGGCCUGGGAAAUUCUGCCUAUGCGAGCCACUUCAAUAAGGUUGGCAAGAACGUUGAUAAGUGGCUCUGGAUGCUCGGUGCUCGUCGCGUGAUGACUCGAGGGGAGGGCGACUGCAAUGUCGUUAAAAGCAAACAUGGCAGCAUUGAAGCCGACUUCAGAGCGUGGAAGACCAAGUUCAUCUCCCAGCUCCAGGUGCUUUGUAAAGGAGAGAAGAAAUCCUGUGAUGGCAGUUGCAAGAAAGGCAAAUGUGAAUCUAAUCAGCGUAGCUCAGAGGAAAUGGAGCUAGGAUCUCAUACUCAGGAUGGAUUACAGCAGAGAGACCCUGAGGAGGAGGAGCCCUUUGAGAGUUCCAGUGAGGAAGAGUCUGGUACUGAGGACCACCAGAGUCUAACUUCUGUGGUUGAUGUUGAGGACCUCGGCAACAUUAUGAAUCAUGUCAAGAAAGAAAAGAGAGAAAAGGAGCAGCAGGAAGAGAAAACUGGUUUGUUCAGGAACACAGUGAAGAAUGAAGCCACUGAAAGAAGAGCAAUGAUAACUCCUGCUCUCCGAGAAGCCCUUACUAAACAAGGUUAUCAGUUGAUUGGGAGCCAUUCUGGGGUGAAGCUUUGCAGGUGGACAAAGUCAAUGCUCCGAGGGAGAGGAGGUUGCUAUAAACAUACAUUCUAUGGUAUCGAAAGCCAUCGUUGCAUGGAAACCACCCCGAGCUUAGCAUGUGCAAAUAAAUGCAUCUUCUGUUGGCGGCACCACACCAACCCAGUGGGCACUGAAUGGCGGUGGAAGAUGGACCAGCCUGAAGUGAUCUUAAAGGAAGCCAUUGAAAACCAUCAGAACAUGAUCAAGCAGUUUAAAGGUGUACCAGGUGUCAAAGAAGAACGUUUUAAAGAAGGAAUGACAGUAAAGCACUGUGCAUUGUCCCUUGUGGGAGAACCCAUCAUGUACCCAGAAAUCAACAGGUUUUUGAAGCUACUCCAUGAGUGUAAAAUCUCCAGUUUCCUGGUCACAAAUGCACAAUUCCCUGUGGAAAUCAGGAAUCUCAAACCGGUUACCCAGCUAUACGUCAGCGUGGAUGCCAGCACCAAAGACAGCCUGAAGAAAAUUGACCGCCCACUCUUCAAGGACUUCUGGCAAAGAUUCCUGGACAGUUUGAAAGCCUUGGCAGCAAAGCAACAGCGUACUGUCUACAGACUGACUCUAGUUAAAGCAUGGAAUGUGGAUGAACUCCAAGCCUAUGCUGAGUUGGUGUCUCUAGGGCAUCCUGACUUCAUCGAAGUGAAGGGUGUUACCUACUGUGGAGAGAGUUCAGCAAGCAGUCUUACCAUGGCCAACGUGCCCUGGCAUGAGGAAGUGGUACGCUUUGUCCGUGAAUUGGUGGAUCUGAUCCCUGACUAUGAAAUUGCUUGUGAACAUGAACAUUCCAAUUGCCUCCUAAUUGCUCACAAAAAGUUUAAGAUUGAUAGCGAAUGGUGGACGUGGAUUGAUUAUAACCGCUUCCAGGAGCUCAUCCAGGAAUAUGAAGACAGUGGUGGAUCAAAGACUUUCAGCACCGAGGAUUAUAUGGCCAAAACUCCACACUGGGCUUUAUUUGGUGCCAACGAAAGAGGCUUUGAUCCCAAGGACACACGAUUUCAGAGGAAGAACAAAUCAAAGGAUAUUUCUGGAUGUUGAGAUUGUCUGCAUUUAGGAUACUGAAGGACAAAAACUGACGGCCCCAGUGGAUUCUCAGACUCCACUGUGAGCUUUUCAAGGAAAAUUACACAAAUUAUAUUUCAUACCCAGGAUACUGUAAGGCAGAACCUGGGGAUGCAAGUCAUGUCCUGGGACUGAGGAGACAGCAUCACUCUUGGAGUUCCACAGUCUCACCAUUUCUUUCCAGAACUCAGUCCCUUUUCUGAUUUUCCUUCUGAGAAGAAAUUCACAGUGGGGGGCGGGGGAGGGGAGAGUAUACAUACUCAUUAUUAGGAUUUAACUGACAGUUUGAGUUAUAAUUAGUAACACCCCCCUUAGAAUGCUAUUCAUGUUGUACGGAAUGAGUAUCUUCCUCUUCCCCUCGCGGCUAUAGCCCUUGUGGAUUGUACGGCCCUGAGGUAAGUAUAUCCACUCCCUUCUUAUAUCUGAAAGUAACUUAAGUUGUCAUAAUUUCUCAGUUAUUUUAAAAUACUGCAUAUAUUACUUCAAAUUUUUUAGUGCCAACCCUUUAGAAACUGAAUUGGUUUUAAAACUGGACUAGAUAUCAUUCCAUUCCCAAAUUGCCAUAGAGGGUAAUAUAUGGGCUGGAUUAGAGUGAAAGCUCUUUUCUAUAAGAGGAAUUGCCAUCUGAUGUCAUUCAAUAGUUAGUCUCACAAACCUUGAAACAAUGAGUACAAUUUGCUUUUUGUUUAAAAAGUCAGUGUUUAAGCCUCGUAUGAGUACACAUAUAGCAGGUCUGACCAUCUUCUUUCGCUCUUGUUGCCUUAGGUAGUUUAGUCAGAAUGUUCUUUAAGGUUCAAGUUUUUUCUCAUUGUAAACAUGAAAUACUCAAUAGCUUUUUAAAGUAUUAUAGUUAUUUUUUAAAUUUCUUUAUCCUAAAAAUUUUAUUAAUAAAAAAUCUUUUGUAGACAUUUAGAACACA